ACCUUAGGAAAGACUGCCCACAGCCACAGUCUGGCAUGAUCUGGAGAGUGACAGGAGGCCUGUACAGCAUCACCCGAGGAGCCGUGGGGGCAACGCUGGGGGGAGUGGCUUGGGUUGGCAGCAAAGGCUUUGAACUCACCAAAACAGCAGUGGCCAGCGUCCCUACAGCCAGCGUUGGACUAGUCAAGGGCAGUGUCUCAGCAAUGACCAGUGGCGUGGGAGCUGUUGGCAGUGCAGUGGCCAGCAAAGUCCCUUUCACCACAAAGAAGAAGGACAAGGCCGACUAG